AUGUCAGGAAAGGCUGUUUUUGAGAGAAUUCGACAGUUCGAUGCCUAUCCCAAAACUCUAGAAGAUUUCAGGGUUAAGACCUUUGGUGGCGCAGCAGUAACUGUAGUGAGUGGUGUAAUUAUGUUAAUAUUGUUUGUAUCAGAGAUUAAUUAUUAUCUAACGAAAGAAAUCCAACCAGAGUUAUUCGUAGACACGACCAGAGGACAGAAAUUAAAAAUCAACAUAGAUGCUACUUUCCCUAAAUUACCUUGUUCUUAUUUAAGUAUUGACGCUAUGGAUGUGUCAGGAGAACAACAAAUCGAUGUAGAUCAUCAUUUAUUUAAACACAGACUUGACAAAGAUGGUGCUGCUGUAUCAGAAACUCCUGAAAAACACCCAGGUUGGUUAAAUCUUCUUCUGAAGCUGGCAGUGACUAAACCUCUAGAUCCCAAUCGCUGUGAAAGUUGUUAUGGUGCUGAAACUGAGGAUUUAAAAUGCUGUAAUACAUGUGAGAAUGUUAGAGAAGCUUACAGAAGGAAAGGCUGGGCCUUCAACAACCCAGAGUCUAUAGAACAGUGCAAUAGAGAAGGCUGGACUGAGAAAAUGAAGUCACAGAAAAACGAAGGGUGCAAAGUUUAUGGUUAUUUGGAAGUCAACAAGGUAGCUGGUAAUUUUCAUUUUGCACCAGGAAAAAGUUUUCAACAACAUCACGUUCAUGUUCAUGAUCUACAAGCUUUUGCUGGUCAAAAGUUUAAUUUGUCCCAUAGAAUAAAUCACUUAUCAUUUGGUGAAGAAUAUCCUGGCUUAGUUAACCCUUUAGAUAGUUUGAAUAUCAAGGCUGAAGAAGAGCAAAUGAUGUUUCAAUAUUUUGUAAAAAUAGUUCCAACUACCUAUACAAACCUACGUGGAAAGACUGUGUACACCAAUCAGUUUUCCGUGACCAAACAUUCUAAAACUGUGGGUGGUGGAAUGGGGGAGACAGGGCUACCAGGUGUCUUUUUCAUGUAUGAGUUAUCCCCCAUGAUGGUCAAAUAUACAGAAAAACAAAGAUCUUUUAUGCAUUUUUUAACUGGUGUUUGUGCGAUUAUUGGUGGAAUAUUUACAGUUGCUGGUUUGAUAGAUUCAAUGAUAUACCACUCAGCCAGGGCAAUUCAGAAAAAAAUAGAUCUCGGCAAGGCUUCCUGA